CCGAUAUCAAAAUAUUACCUUUGGCCCCAUUCGCGUGGGAUCUACUCACAUAAAGUGUCCCUCUGCCCUGUGUCGUACUUCAUAAUCCCAGGUAAAGAUUUAGAAUAAAGUCUAUUCCUUCAAGACAUGCUUACAAAUUGUAUUCCUAAACACCAACAUGGAGAAAGCUUCCUCUCGUACCGAGAUAUCUUCACAGGUUUCUAAUAUCAAGAAUUCGGAUGUCGAUAUUACCAUCUUUGUGGAUCCUGUCAUCGAGAAGCGGGCCUUGGCCAAGUUUGACAAGUUCCUGCUCCCCCAGAUUGCCAUCCUUGUUAUGAUCGCAUACCUUGAUCGUUCCAACAUUGGAAAUGCAAAGGUCUUUGGAUUCGAAGCUGGUGCUGGCCUGUCUGGAAACCAGUUCAACAUCGUAUCCACUGUAUUCUACCCUACGUAUAUCGUCUUUGACGUAUUCUGGGUUGUUGCCACCAAGCGGUUCGGCGCAGACAAAACCCUUGCUGUUGCUCUCACCGGAUGGGGUGUCACUACCCUUGGUACCGGAUUCAUCCAAAGAUACGCACAAGCAGUCGCAGUUCGGCUCCUCCUCGGAAUCUUUGAAGCUGGUCUCCUCCCAUCCUUGAUUUUUGUCAUCUCGACCAUCUGGUCCCAAGAACAUCAAGCAAAGCGAGUUGCCAUUCUUUACAUUGCAACCACCGUCUCCGGAGCAUUUGGAGGCCUGAUUGCUCAUGGAAUCCAGUCAAUGGGCGCCCGCCUUGGUCUGUCUGCUUGGCGAUGGCUCUUUAUUAUUGAGGGUAUCGUUUCCAUUGUGAUCUGCACAGCCAGCUGGGCGAGCAUGCCUAAAAACGCUGAGGAGGCAUGGUUUCUCACAGCUGAAGAGAAGGAGGUCAUGCGCGCAAGGAAACAGCGCGACUUCAUGUAUAAGGGCAGCGACACCUUUUCAUGGAGCUAUGUUACAAUGGCUGUGACUGACCCAUUAGUCUAUUUGGCCGGUAUUACCCUCUUCGCCAACUCAAUCUGUCUACUCGGCUUUGGCACAUUCUUGCCCACCAUUAUUAAGGGCCUCGGGUACACCUCUAUUCAGGCCAACUACCUUACCAUUCCGGUAUAUGCUGUGGCGACCAUUGCCGUCGGUGUCUUGUCAUUCCUCUCAGAUCGUCUGAACACACGGGUGACCUUGUUGGCAGUCGUUCCAAUUCCAGUCAUAAUAGGGUACGCUAUAGUAAUUGGAACUGCUAAUAUUGCUGCCGGCUACUUUGCCAUGUUCCUUGUUGCUUCUGGUAUCUACGUCUUCAAUUGCCUUGUUUUGACUUGGAUCUCUAUCAAUUUGGCCCCGGACUAUAAGCGAUCCGUCAGUAUCCCAAUCUUCGUGUCUGUUGCCAAUGUCUCCGGUGUCCUAUCAUCAAACAUUUAUCCUGCUACGGAUGCACCUAGAUACAUUAUCGGAAACUCUAUAUCGCUGGCCUGUGAGUGUAUUGCUCUGCUUGGAGUAGGAGCCAUCUAUUUAGUGCUGCGAAGCCGCAAUAUGAAGAAGGAGAAACUUAUUGCAGAUGGAGCGACGGAAAAUGGCAAAGAAGGGGACAGAGGAUUACAUUUCAAGUAUCUUCUCUGAAAGGGAGGCUGGAUUCACACUAUGCUAGCUAGAGCACAGCUUUAGACCUUAAAUUUGGCCUUAGUCAUGUAUCCUUCCAUGUGAUAUGUCCUGGCAAAGUUGAAGUUCUCAGAACAACACUUACGACUUUCAUUUAGCGC